AUAAAUUCUCCUAGGUAUCUUAUUGAUGCAAAAUGGUUCAAACAGUGGAAAAAGUAUGUAGGCUAUGAUCAGUGGGACCUAAGUAGUGUUGGAGAGCAGGGUGCCUACCCAGGGCCAGUUGACAAUUCACCUCUAAUGAAAGAAGGCACACAGGAAUUAAAAGACCAUUUAAUUGAUGAACUUGAUUAUAUUUUAAUACCUAAAGAAGGCUGGGAGAAAAUUAUCCAGUGGUAUGGACUAACUCAGGGCCAGGUUCCAGUUGCAAGGAAAGUGAUUGAACAAGGAAUGUUUGUCAAGCACUGUAAAGUAGAAGUUUAUCUUUUGGAUUUGAAACUUUGUGAAAAUUCAAAUAUAGCAGACAGUUAUUCCAUGAGUUUCAGUAGAUGUGACACUGUAGGUAUGUAUAACAGGCAUUUAUCUUAAGAUCUAUUGGUUAUU